AUGACGCGGGGAAAGGGACGCAACCCAGGUGUGGGUAACUUGGACAAGCACAUCAAGCGGACGAUCCACAAGGAACGCUCGCAGCCGGCCUCCCGCAAACAUUUAGGACAGCUAGAGAAACAAAAAGACCAUGUCGUACGCUCUAGGCGUCGCAAAGCAAAGAUGCAGAAACUCCUACAAUUGAAGCGCGCUGCGGCACAACGUAACCCCGACGAGUUCCAUAUUGGCAUGACAAAGGCUGUCUUAGAUAUCGCAUCAGGGAAGAUGAAACAACGUGCGGGAUCAAAGGAAGGAAAUCAGAAAAAGACACAAAAAGUGCUAGAGCAGAAUACACGCAAUGUUCAGUACCUCCAAUACAAGGCACAGGCAGAUCUUCACCGCGCGAAGGAGCUCCUCAAUGAGGAUGCAUCGAUAGCCAUCACCUCCGCACCACCAAAGAAUAAGCACAUUGUUUUUGUGGAGAAUGACGAGGAAUUCCGUCGCUUUAAUCCCGUUAAGUACUUUGACGCAACCCCAGAGAUGCUUAAGCAGCAUCCUGCUGUUCGAGGGACAAUCUCGAUCCUUCAAAGCACUGUUUUGCCGGAGGAGGUGCUGUUGACGGGUCCACGAAUGCUUUCAUCGUCCCAGCGGCGCCGUGAGCGUCGGGAAAUGCAGGAAAAACUCCGAAAAAGUGGUCUUAAAACCGCAGAGGAACGUGAAGCUCUUGUGAAGCGCCUUCGUGCCAAAAAGGACAUGAAGAAGUACCGCUUUUCUUCCCUGGUAGAGGAGGCGGCGACAUCCGCCGCGGCAAGUGGUGGUGGUGGUGAUGGGGAUGAGGAAGAGCCACGAGACGAUGUGGAGCUCAUCUUGCAGCAGAGGCGAGAGAAGGAGCAGCAGGAGGCGGCGCUAGCGGCAAGGAACCUGAAGGAGAUUCAACAACGCGUGGAACGUAGCAGGAGCCUUCACGCCUUGGCAAAGACGAUCAAGCGGCAGAAUGAGGGUCUGCGGAAAAGCCUGGAGCAAAAGCGUGAGUCCCGCUUCAAACCAAAAGCCGCACGUCGCGCUCGCUGA